GCGCGGAAAUAUGCUAUAGCUUGGGAACGGUUUUCGUCACUAAUACCGUGCACUCAGAUACGGAAGAAGAUUCUCUGCUCCCUCCUCCUCAAUAUAAAAAUAUUCCUUCUUGCGAGCUGCUUCUCCCACAAUUUCAUGAUCGCCAAAUAUUUUUUUUUCCCUUUUUUGUUGUCUUAAUAAGAUGAAGAAGUCUUCUCAGUUACUGAAAUUCAUCUUCCUCCUCUUCUUCACCGUUUCACUUGGAGAACAACUGGGAGACACAGGCACAGACCCCACAUCCAAUUUCCUAGGAUUCCAUGUCUUCUCCAACAGGCAUUUCCAACAAACCCAGCUGAGAUUCUCUGGCCCGAUUGUGCUUUCCGGAUUCCUGUGCUUUGUAGCUGCUUCUAUCUCGAGCGCAGGUGGGAUUGGAGGAGGAGGGCUAUUCAUCCCAAUUCUGACAAUAGUUGCAGGCCUAGACCUCAAGAUGGCAUCGAGCUUCUCGGCAUUCAUGGUCACGGGGGGCUCGGUCGCAAAUGUACUCUGCAACUUCCUGUUCAUAAAGAGCCCCAGGUUCGGGAAUAGGUGCCUAAUCGAUUAUGACAUCGCGCUGCUAUCAGAACCCUGCAUUUUGCUGGGAGUCAGCAUCGGAGUGAUCUGCAACCGUGUCUUCCCGGAGUGGCUCAUCACCAUCCUCUUUGUGAUCUUCCUCGCUUGGGCCACCUUCAAGACAUGUAAGAAUGGCAUAGUGUGUUGGAGAUUCGAAUCCGAGGAGGCAAAGCUUUUCGAGGAAUACGAAAAUGGGGUCGUUAGAGAUGGAAUCUGUGAUGAACCAGAGAAAAGCACCACUAUGAAAGAGCCACUCCUCGGCAAGGAAGGCACCUGCAAACUCGGGUUCCCAUGGGUGAAACUCGGGAUCCUGGUGCUCGUCUGGUUUUCCUUCUUCGUUAUCUACCUUCUUCGCGGAAAUCGGAACCAUCAGCAUGCGCAGAGUAUUGGUUCUUCAAAGCCUUGUGGAUCGGGAUAUUGGAUAAUCUCGUCCCUACAGAUUCCUCUGGCUGUGGUCUUCACCACGUGGAUUCUCGUUCGAAAAGACGGCCUCCAAUAUCGGGACCCUAGCAGACAGGAAGUUUCAAACUCCAGCAUUACAGCACCAUCUAACAGGCUUAUUUUUCCGACAAUGGCACUAUUUGCUGGAGUGUUGGGUGGAGUUUUCGGGAUAGGCGGUGGUAUGCUGAUAAGCCCACUACUUCUUCAAGUCGGAAUCGCGCCCGAGGUGACUGCCGCAACUUGCUCUUUCAUGGUCUUCUUUUCGUCCACGAUGUCGGCUCUCCAGUAUCUGCUAUUGGGCAUGGACCACAUUGGCACCACCCUCAUCUUCUCCUUUAUUUGCUUUGUUGGGUCACUCAUUGGGCUCAUGGUGGUCCAACGUGCAAUAAAAGAAUUCGGAAGGGCCUCCCUUAUCGUGUUCUCAGUCAGCACAGUGAUGGCUCUAAGCACUGUUCUCGUCACGGGAUUUGCAGCAGUUGAUGUCUGGAACGAUUAUGUAUUGGGAGAGUACAUGGGAUUCAAAUCUCCAUGUUAGCAAACUGUUUGGAUAGAAUGGCGGGCAAUUUAACAGCACUAGGUUCGAAGAGAAGCAUGUAUCGGAGAAAUUUAGUUCGAGCUACGAUAGUCUAGUUUAGGAAGUAAGCAGAGGGAGCAUCUAUUGCCACCUGUAAAAGUCAAGAUUUUGCUGCAAUAUUACCAGCUUGUAUGCAGAUGAGAGACCUUCGAAUCGAAGUAUGCACGAAAACAUUCACUCAA